AUGGUAGUACAAAAUACCCACCUUCCUAUUAAACUUUUUGAUCAGGUGUGGAUAAACAGUGCUAAGGAGAGGCUUAUGUUGCACUUUGUUCAACAUCUUUUUAAGCUUCAAAAAAAGGAAUUUCAACUAGAGGGUAUCAACUUGAAAAUUUUAAGAGUUUGUCUAGUAUUCAAGUCUUCAAUGUUACAUAAUCAGCAAGGAACAGCAGGUGAAACCGGAUUGAUUCCAGUUUACCCAACCUUAACUUUCCCAAAUCACUACUCAAUCGCCAUCGGAUUAUACCCUACUUAUCAUGGAAUCAUAUUAAACAGAUUCACUGAUCCAACUACAGGCGAUAACUUCACAACAAGAAGUCGUGAACCCAAAUGGUGGUUAGGCGAACCCAUAUGGGAGACCAUCGCGAACCAAGGGCUGAAAGCGGUGACAUAUUUCUGGCCUGGGUCCGAUGUAAAAAAGGGUUCUUGGGAUUGUCCUGUGAAUUUCUGUCCACCGUAUAACGCUUCAGUCCCGUUUGAAGAACGCGUCGAUACUUUUCUCCAUUAUUUCGAUUUGCCAAAUGAAGAAAUUCCUGCUUUCAUGGCGUUAUAUUUGGAGGACCAUGAUUCUCAAGGUCAUCUAGUUGGCCCUGAUGAUCCUCAAAUUACAGAAGCUAUUCUAACACUUCUUUAUCGAUUUUUCACAAUUCAGUUUGUUGCAUCUGUUACCUUGUUGUUAUUAAAACUUUUGAUUACUUUAAGCCUUACCAGCUGA